AUGGCUUCUAUAUCUCUGUUCAGCGUUGGCAAAACAAUUCUUGAGAAGUUGGGUCCUUUUGUUCAACAGGAGGCAGCUCUGCUGUGGAACCUUCGAUCUGAACUCAAGAAGCUGGAUGGCACCAUGACUUCCAUUCAGGCACUUCUACUUGAUGCGGAGGAGCAACAGGAGCACAGUCAUCAAGUCAAAGACUGGCUCCAGAAACUGGAGCUCUUGUUGCUUGACGCCGACGACCUACUUGACGAUGUUGCUACUGAGGCUCUGCGGGAGGAAGCGACCACACAGGACCACGAUGGUAGGCAUCGUGAUGACUCCUUCAACAGCUGCAAGAUCGGAUGUUGGGCUGCGGUAUGCUUCCUUUUAUCUGUUCCAAACCGAUUGAUUUAUGGUCUUAAAAUGGCUCAUAAAGUUAAGACACUUAGGGAGCAAUUGGAAGCUAUACAUGCUGAUAACACCAAAUUGCACCUGACUCCUCGUUUUGAGGAGACAGGGAAGACGAGGAAGCAUACCCCCACCAUAUCUUCCAUCCCUGACAUAUUCGUCGGGAGAGAAGAUGAUGCGAAGAAGAUUAAGGAACUUCUGUUAGCUAACGAUAGUAGAAGUAACGUCUCUGUGGUUUCCAUAGUUGGUAUCGGUGGGAUGGGUAAAACCGCACUUGCUCAGCUUGUCUAUAACGAUAAAAAAGUCGAUCAGGAGUUUAAUUCGAGAAUGUGGGUAUGUGUGUCAGAGUCUUUUGAGGUUGACGUUCUUGUCCAAAAGAUUCUAGAGGCAGCCACGGGAGGGAAACAACCAGGUCUUCAACUUCAGACUCUGGCAAGCCAGCUUGAGGGAUACAUUAGUGGGAAGAAGUACCUUCUGGUACUGGACGAUGUAUGGAACUUCGAUCUUGGAAAAUGGGAGGUCUUGAGAUCGAUACUCAAUGGUGGUGGGAGUGGAAGCAAGAUCUUAGUCACUACCCGAAUUGAGAACUAUGCCACUAUGAUGAAUCGUGGUUCUUCUCAUCCACCUCAUGUUUUGAAAGGACUAUCCUCCCCACAAUCAUGGUCAUUGCUUAGGCUGGUAGUGUCUGGCGGCGACCAUCAAUUAGCUAAUGAACCACAUAACACAAUCAAUGUGGAAGAGAUUCAAACAGAGGUAAUGAAAAAGUCUGUCGGGGUUCCCUUAGCUGUGAAAACAUUAGCUAGCUUACUGUAUUUCAAAAAUCCACAAACCGAGUGGUUGUCUUUUCUUAGGUCUGAUAAACUCUUAAGUGCUGAUCAGGAGGGUAGUAUACUACACAACUUAAAGCUGAGCUAUGAUUAUCUUCCCUCACAUCUGAAACGUUGCUUCGUGUUGUGUAGUUUGUUCCCCAAAGACUACGAAAUUGAUGUUAACCAACUCAUAUAUAAAUGGAUUGCACUGGGGCUUAUUAAAUCAUCACCUAAUGGUUCUAAACAAAGUUUGUUUAGUUUGGGUCUUGAGUAUCUUAUGGAUUUGACAUGGAGGUCUUUUUUUCAAGAAAUAAAACGAGGUUGGCUCGGCAACAUAGAGAGUUGUAAAAUGCACGAUUUAAUCCACGACCUUGCGGUCUCAAUAGCUGGUCAUGCAGAUGAAAUCACUGAAAAUACUUGGUACAUCUCAUUGAACCAUGACUUGUGGUGUCCCUCAGAACUUGCAUCUCAUCUUGCUAAAGCCAAACGACUGCGAGCAUUUAAUGUCCCGUAUAAAAAAUGGUAUCAAUCAGGAACGACCUGGGAUGAGUUCAGUUUUAAAACUUUUGUUUCAAAUUCUGGAAGUUUGCGUGUCCUUGAUUUUAAGAACUCAGGGAUGGAAGUGUUGCCUCAUCACCUUCAAGAACUGAAACAUCUUAGGUAUUUGAAUCUUGCAUUCAAUGAUAAAAUAAGCAGGUUGCCAAGCUCUGUCACUAUGCUUCAAAACUUACAGGUGCUUAACCUUUGUGGGUGUAGAAGCCUACUGGAAUUCCCAAAAGAUUUUAACAAACUUGUGAAUCUCUGGGUCCUUAAUUGUAGAGACUGUUUCGCCUUGACCCAUAUGCCAGUCGGGCUUGGUGAACUGAGCCGCCUUGAAAGAUUAUCAUGGUUUGUGGUGGGAAGGGAUAGUUCCGUUCAUAAGCAUAGAGGUGGCUUGAGUGAGCUGAAAAACCUAAACAACUUGAGAGGCAUACUUCAGAUUGUGAAUCUGGGACAUCUUCGUGGCACUAAAAUAUUGUCAUCACCAUCACUAGCAUUUACAAUAGGUGGGGAAGCUAAUCUUAAGGGGAAGACCCAUCUUGAACAUUUGUCCCUGCUGUGGGAUGAUGGAAAUACUAGAAAAGGAAGGGAAGAAAUGGCAGCAUGCUUAAAGGGGUGUGAAGAAGAUGUUCAAUUUGAUGAAAGCUUGCUAGAAAGCCUCCAGCCGCACUCCAAUUUAAAAACCUUCUCCGUGAAAGGAUAUAUAGGAAGGAGAUUACCUAUUUGGAUGAAUUCUCUCAAUCAGCUUGUUACUCUUCAACUGGCUUGGUGCAAAUUGCAUCAUGAAUUGCACCAUCUGCAAGGAUUGCCGAUUCUUGAAAAGCUCAUCCUUGGUGGGUUGAUUGAAUUGGAGCACAUGGAUGAAGAUGAAGAUGUCGAUAGCUGGGUGAUGAAUGAAGGUGCGCAAAAGAAUGAAUCCAAACCAUUCUUCCCCUCCCUCAAGGACCUUGCUCUGAGGGGUUGUCCUCGAUUAAAAGGAUGGAGGAGGAAGCCUCCCCAGUUCCCUAAACUUUCCAAACUGGUCAUUUCCCAAUGUCCUCUUCUAACUUCAAUGCCAUCAUUCCCAAGACUUGAUACGGAGCUAGAGUUGUUGUACUCUAACAUACAACCGCUACUAGACACAAUGAACAUGUCAGUGAUAGGGCAUAUUGUACCAUCUAGCACUUCUUGUUCGUCAUCAUCAUUAUAUCCCUCUUCUUCAUGUGAAGUGGAAGGCCUGCAGUACCCUCUGUCCAAACUGAAGAAAAUGCACAUCGGUGGAAUUUAUUAUCCCCCAAAGGAAUGGCUGCACGGAAUGCAACACCUCACCUCUUUGCAAGAGAUUAGAAUUGAUGAAUGUCUAGGGUUGGAGGAGACUUUGUAUUGGCACAACAUCUCCCACGUCCCGAAUAUCAAAAUUUGUGGGAAAUACAUUAAGAUAGGUGGGGAGUAUUUGUUGAAUGAGGAUUACUGGAACAACUUCCCGCAAAUACUACAGGUUUGGAACUUUCUUCUCUCUUACCUCCCUCUGUUCUCUCUUCACCAGCUGUCUAUAUAUUUUCAAAAGUCAUAUCUAUAA